AUGCCUAUCGCCCCACCAAUCUCUGGUACCUCCGUGGAUAUUGCCAUGAGGGACCUUGCCAGUCGGUUCGAUAGUGGCGUACCACGAUUGAGAGUUGAAAAGUAUUUCUAUUACAAGGUCAGCAUCGACCAUAAUAUGUUUCUUCCACCUGAAGAACCGUAUGACGGAUAUUCCUCGACCUUGAAACCAAAAGCACUGCGGGGGAAUUCGUCUUUUACCAUCCUCAAGCUCUUCCUACAGCACUUUGUUUUUCUGUCCGCCAACAAUUUACUCAGCGAAUCGCAAAUCCACAAGGUUGUUGAAUACAUUGUCGAGAAAGGCGGCACGAUCAUCCUCCUAUUCAUCUGUCGUCUUCGGUCUCCGUUGAUGGCGGUGUUCGCUAGGAAGGUUUUCCACAAUGCUCUUCUGGCCGGGGUUCGCCCCGAAAUCGAAUUCUUUUUCAGAAGGCCUAAUUACUGGGACUUGAAAGUUCAGGUCCUACCAACAUUGUUCGCCUUUGGUGCCGACCCAGAAAAAUACAUUAAAGAUCGAGAGACUGGAUUCCCUUUGAUUGAUGCAGCGCGUAGCGGCAGCCUCAAGGCCGUGAAACUGCUUCAAAGUAAGGGUGCUCGGGUUAAUCUUUACCUUGCGCGGUAUUGCGGAACAGCUUUGCAAGCUGCAGCUUCUCGAGGCCACUUAGAGGUGGCUGAGUAUCUCGUUCAGCAUGGAGCGGACAUCAAUGUUCCUUGUGUUCAGCAAAUCCAAUUUCCGGGUUACUACAACUAUGAGGUACUGAUAUCUCUUCUAACUCCCGUUCAGAUUGCUGCAAUGGUGGACAAUGUGAGUUUCCUUCGAUACUUGCUCCAACACGGAGCUUCUGCGAUGGCUUUCCCGGCAUCCGCUGUUAGCCCUCAAACAGAUUUAGAGGUUUAUCACCCUCGACAUACCAGCAAGAUAUUUGUGUGUACUGCCUUGCAAUAUGGAGUUUCAAACCAAAAUAUGGAGAUCAUCUUGCUUUUGUUAAACGCAAGAGCCUCUCCAGACUCCCGUGCUGCACCCAAUAUAGGUGACACACCUUUACAAAUGGCCGCAAGAUUAGGGAAUGUCGAGAUAUAUCGACUGCUCUGCAGCUGGGGUGCUGAUAUAAACGCACCACCUGCGGUGUACAAUGGCCGCACUGCACUGCAAGGGGCAGCAGAGAGCGGGAAUCUGGAAAUCCUAAGGAUGCUUUUGGAAGCCGACGCGCAGGUAAAUGCACCAGCAGGAGCGGAAAAAGGAUUGACUGCCUUACAGGCCGCGUGCUUGAAUGGCCACUAUUUGAUGGCCGGGUUUCUACUCGCUAAAGGGGCGGAUUUGAACGUAGAUCCAUCGCCUGUUGGGGGUUUGACACCUAUCCAGGCAGCAGCCUCUUACGGUGACAUAAGACUUGUGAGAGAUCUGAUCGCUCUGGGAGCAGAGGUUGACGCUCCACCAGCCAAGGAGGGCAAGACCGCUCUUCAAGCCGCUGCCAAGCAUAAAUCACUGCCACUACUGGAGCUCUUAAUGCAGCACGGCGCGGAUGUUAACAAAAUCGGAGCAUAUGAUGAUAUGCACUCACCUCUUGCAAUCGCAGCCGACCAAGACUGGCUCGAAGGGAUGCGGUUCUUUUUGGACCGUGGUGCGAGGAUUAACUGCAGCUUACAAGUCCCGAUCGCGCAAGAUGGGACUGUGGAAUAUCACUUAGCGAGAAAUUUUUGCCUUCUUGACUGGGCUAUCCUGAACGGGAACGAGGAGAUGACAAGAUUAUUGUUGCAACAUGGCGCCAAUUCUGUUGCACCUCCUGUGAUAUGCCCAUACUCCUACCAAAGCCUGCUAUGGCUUUCAUUACGCGAAAGAUUUGGCUUUGACAUUAUUGAUUUGCUUCUAGCCAAAGUUCCUGACUUUCACAAGCAUCCUGGGAGCGCUGACACGCUGAAAUUAACGUUCACCUGGAAAGUUGACAUAGCUUACAGUCGGCAAAUACUGGAAAGAUUAAAUAUGAUUCUGCCAACGCUUUGCCACAGAGCAGUCCAAAGGGCAUGGGAUCAAGUUUUCAAAUUCUGUGGUAAGGAAAAGGAGUUGAAGGACGUCAUUGAGUUUCUUCUAGAGUCAGGCGCAAAUAUAAACUCUCACGCAGAAGAUGGAAGCACUUUGCUUCAGCGCGCAGCUCGCUAUGGCCACGAGAAGCCCUGUAUUCUUCUUAUCGAUCAUGGUGCCGCCGUUAACAUCCACGCAACCAGAUCAUACGGGACACCCCUUCAAGAGGUUAUCAGAAGGCACCAUUUCAACUUAGCCAUUUUAUUACUGAACCGAAGUGCGGACGUCAAUGCUCUUCCAGCACUGGAAGGAGGGGCUACUGCGCUCCAGGCGGCUGCCAUAAGUGGAAUGUUGAAGCUAGCUGUACUGCUUCUUGAACGUGGAGCAGAUGUCACUGCACCAGCUGCGCAAAUAUGUGGUAAAACAGCAAUUGACCUCGCUGCGGAGUAUGGCCAUUUUGAUAUGGUCCAGUUGUUUCUGAAUGCCUAUGGGGAAGAUGCAGAUCUGGAGUCUAUACGUCGUCAGGCAGCGGGCUUUGCAAGAAGGGAAGGCCAUCAUGAGCUAGCCGACUGGUUACUUUCGCGUUGGUCUUAUUGA